UAUACAUGUAUGGUCAUAUGGUGUGCAGUGAUAUCUCUCAGCUCAUCUCUUACUUGACAAUAACAUUUGAUCUGAUCUCUGUUGGAAAGUUAUUCAGCUAGUUCCGACAAAUCCAGUCAUGUCUGACAAAACAAGCUGCUCAAUUCGGACAAGCAGAGUGUCUGUGGUCUUGUGGUUUGUAGUUGGUGUGUUGUGUUUGGGUGAGUUUGUACGUGUUGAGUUGAUUCUAAGUGAAUACAGGACAAGACUACACAAGGUAGAAGAGAAGACAGAUGGGAAAGAUGUAGAGCCGUGUAAUGUGAAAACCAAGCAAAUCAAAGCAAGUCGUUCUAUCGACUCACCAAAGAUCAUCCAUGAUUCAAGACAAAGAGCACGUCGCCUCACCGUGUCUUCACCUUCAAACGACACCAACUUUCAAACUGUUCGUAAAGAACUUUUACAAACAAUGGGAGUGGAGGUGAAUAAAGCCUUUUCUAAAGCGUGUGGAGCAAAGAAGAAUAGAUGUCCACCAGGACCUCCCGGUCCACCUGGACGACCAGGUCGCAAAGGAUCGACCGGAAGACGAGGACCACCAGGAAGAAGAGGCAAACGAGGACCCCAAGGACCCAUGGGAGUGCCAGGCAGAAGUGGCAAGCAAGGCAUGAUGGGACCUACUGGGUUGAAGGGAGAGAAGGGAGAYAGAGGUGAUCGUGGACCACGUGGUGUAGCUGGACGGGAUGGUAGACCUGGUCAAUCUAUAUCUGCACCAGAGGUUCAAGUAUCCCCUCCCUUGUUAAUUGUUAAUGAAAGCGAGACGGCCGUGUUGCAUUGUGGGUGGAGUGGUAAUCCAGUACCUGUGAUUGGCUGGAGGAGAGUUGGUGGUUUACUAGACAAGACAAGAAGUGUGUUGGAUGCAGGUCUGGCAGGCGUUGAUAGGAGUCAUAAUCUGGAGAUAAGGAAUGUUAGUAGUAACGAUUCAGGAGUGUACGAGUGUAAAGGCAGUAAUAUACUUGGACAAGCAAACCAGACAGCCACUCUUCUCGUCAACUAUCUUCCUCGUAUUUCCCUAUCUUUUGGACCUAUUUACGUGGAAGAAGGAACCAAUGUAACCCUGCCAAAGUGUCACGUGACUGGACACCCCACACCAACGAUCACUUGGGUAAAACCCCUUGGUAUGUUGCCUGCUGCUCGUACCGUCAUAAAUGGCAGCCGUUUGACUUUAUACUCUGUGGAAAAACAGGACACUGGAAUAUAUUUUUGCCAAGCUUCAAAUUUCCUUGGAUUGUCUAUUGGGAAAAUGCAACUCAUUGUGGUGAAAUUGCCCAAAUUCACCACCACCCCUCCCUCUUCAGUGGUGUUGUUAGUUGGUGAAAGUCUGAGACUGGACUGUGUAGUUACAGCAGAUCCCCCUGCUAGGAUUACUUGGAGUAAAGACAACCAACAAUUGUCAUCUGAUGAUAGAACAAGAGUCCAUGUGAAUGGAAGUCUGGCUAUAACAAGAUUGAAGACCGCAGACUCAGGGACUUACGUCUGUCAGGCUAUCAGUGCUGGGGUCUUCAYGGCGAGAACUGGAACUAGAGUUACAGUGCUUUUGAUAGGCGCAUCCUUCGAUGUCAAGUUCCCCAGAAGGUCUACCUCUGAUUACGUCAUCAUUAAAGGAAUACCAACCAUGACAGCGGUGUCGUUCUGCUACUGGAUGAAGACCGCUGACACAAUAAACGCGGGAUCGGUUGUUAGCUAUGCAACCAAUGGAGUGGAUAAUCAGAUUAUACUUUAUAAUUACAAAAAUUUUUACCUUAUUAUCGAUAACAAUUGGACAAGUGCAACAGGUGUUUCAGCGAAUGAUGGUCAGUGGCAUCACAUCUGCGCAACGUGGGGUAACACCGCUGGAUCAUGGGUCAUCUAAGUAGUAUAGGGAA